UUAUGAUUAGCUAAUUAGACGUUUUCAGUACAUUUUGCGAAUUGGUUAUUGUGUGUAGAUUCUGAAUGUAUUCAUAUUUCUGCACUGAUAUUUGUCCGGAAGUUUUAUCGAGACGCUCCUGAAGUGACUGAGGUGUAACAGUAAAAUAGGUCCGGGUGAAUAUUUAGGUGAAAGGUCUCUGGUUCUUUCUGUCCUUGUGCUGAGUUCUGAAGGGAAAUACGGCACGGACAGGUUCGGGCUGGUGGGUAUUUUUAAAAACACUUUUUAAGUUGUUUUCUAUUCCUCCAGAAGUUUGUUAGCCAUGUCGAAACAAGCGCAGCCCAUCAGUCCGGGUAAGAAUUUCCUGGCCGGUGGGUUUGGAGGAAUCUGCCUGGUGUUCGCUGGUCACCCUCUGGACACCAUCAAGGUGCGUCUGCAGACUCAGCCCAAGCCAGGACCAGGUCAGUCGUCUGUCUACGCUGGAACAUUUGACUGUUUCAGGAAAACCCUCGCCAAGGAGGGGGUUCGGGGCUUGUAUAAAGGCAUGGCCGCCCCCAUUAUUGGAGUCACUCCCAUGUUUGCUGUGUGUUUCUUCGGUUUUGGUCUCGGAAAGAAACUACAGCAGAAAAGCCCCGAUGACAUUCUCACGUAUCCUCAGCUGUUUGCAGCCGGGAUGCUGUCCGGUGUGUUCACCACAGCCAUCAUGGCUCCUGGAGAGAGAAUCAAGUGCCUACUGCAGAUCCAGGCAUCUUCAGGAGAGAUUAAAUACGCCGGGCCCCUGGACUGUGUGAAGCAGCUUUACAGGGAAAGUGGAAUCCGAGGCAUCUAUAAAGGCACCGCACUCACACUCAUGAGGGAUGUGCCAGCCAGCGGGAUGUACUUCAUGACCUAUGAGUGGCUGAAGAACCUCCUCACUCCAGAGGGCAAGAGCCCGAAUGAACUGAGUGUGCCCAGUGUGCUGUUUGCUGGCGGCAUGGCGGGAAUCUUUAACUGGGCCGUUGCGAUUCCACCUGAUGUCCUCAAAUCCCGAUUCCAGACAGCUCCUGAGGGGAAAUACCCUAACGGAUUUCGGGAUGUUCUGAGGGAGCUGGUCAGGGAGGAGGGCGUGGCCUCACUGUAUAAAGGCUUUAAUGCAGUCAUGCUCAGAGCGUUCCCUGCUAAUGCUGCGUGUUUCCUCGGGUUUGAGGUGGCCAUGAAGUUCCUGAACUGGAUUCUACCAAACCUGUGACUUGUAUGAGACGGGGUUACUGAAGAAUGUGGCUUUAUAACACAUGCACAAUGUCGGAUGUCCUUCGCUAUGACUUUAGUUUUGCAUUAUUUUAUUUGGUGUUGAUGAGGAGUGAUGACGUGCCUUAUUACACCCGGCUCUGACCUCAGUCUCUGCUCCUCAGGGAACCUGUAUGUGUGUGUCCAUCCAUCCUAGUUUUGUUGAUGUAACAUUACUUUUAAUAAUUAAAUAUAUACAAUAAUAAUAAUAAUAAUAAUAAGUGAUUAGUUCUGUGUAAAUCUCCUGCUGGAUGAAGUUAUGAUUUUUUUUUUUUUUGAUAAUGUAAAAUAAACAGAUUGUUCCAGA